UCAUUGCAUUAUACCUCUGUAAUAUCUGCAUAGCCGAUCCACCAAGAAGAGAAACAAGGAGUGAGAGGCCACUAAGUGUAUUCAUAGUUUUGACAGAAAGCUUUUUAGGGGACACUUGGUAUGAAUACUAACCAGGCCCAGUCAUAAAGUCAGUGUGAUGGAGAAUAAAUCGCUCCUCUCCUCUCAGACAGUCUGUGGAGUAGAACUGAGUAGUGAUGGAGGGAAUAAAGAGAUUGUUUUCUGGGGCAGUGAAAGAUUGAGACCUUUGGUACAGUUGAUUGACCCCUUCUUUUCUGCCUCUUUUCCUUACUUUCUAUCCAUCCCCUCUUGUCUUUACUCCCUUCUCCUUAUUCCUACCUUUAUCCAUCCCUCCCUCUCUCCAGUCCUCCCUCCCCUAACUUCCCUCCCUCUCUGCCUCCACAGUUUGACAUGUCCUUCGUGGAGGUGCGGCGGUUCCGGUUUGUUCCGAAGCACAGCAAUGUGAUCUCAGAGCUGGACCCGAGUGAGACCAGCGGGAAGAGGAUCUGUAACCAGGUCUGUACGGCCCAUCCCAGCUACGACACAGGCCAUAGCAACUGGAACUGUGACGGGAAGAUCUUGCCUCAUGCGGCUAUACGUCAGUGUUCACUGCCUGCUGAUCAGACUAUUUGCCCGAGGUGUCGAAAGAGGGACCAUAAUAGAAGGAUCAAAUCUCUCGUGGCAAGCAACUGUCCCGAAUUGUGCUAGAAAGUCCUGCACAUUUGGGCCCUUUAGCCCUCAUCCUGUAACCACACAUGCAUGUCCU